AUGAUGGCUAGGGUUUGGAGGUUGGGGUCUUCUUCUUCCUUUGCUGUUUCUGCUAGCGUUACGAGUAUGAAGUUGAUUCAUCAUCGCGCCGCCGAGAAAGGCACGGUUGCGCAGAAUCUAGCUUCUUUGAAAGAAGCAAUUUUGAAAUUGGGAGGUGAGCCUCAGGAUCAUAUCAAAGUCUUAGAUGAUGCGCUUGAUUUUUUCGAUGAAAUGGUUCGAUCUCUUCGCUCUUAUUCAACAAUUGAUUUCAACAAGCUAAUGGGUCUCAUCCUGAGAGUGAAUCGGCCCGAUGUUGUGAUUUCUCUCUAUCAGAAGAUGGAAAUGCGUCGGAUUCCAUUUGAUAUGUACAGCUUCAAUAUUCUGAUAAAAUGUUUCUGCAGCUGCUCCAAGCUUUCCUUUGCUUUGUCUACAUUUGGAAAGCUCACCAAACUUGGUUUCAAGCCUGAUGUUGUUACGUUUAACACGCUGCUCCAUGGGUUAUGUCUUGAAGAUAGGAUUUCUGAUGCCGUAGCGUUAUUUGAUCAAAUGCUUGAAACGGAUUUUUCACUCAAUGUCAUAGCUUUUACUACACUGAUGAAUGAUCUUUGCCGCAAUGGUCGAGUGUUCGAAGCAGUAGCUCUGGUUGAUCGGAUGGUAGAAAAUGGUCAUCAACCUGACGUUGUUACUUACGGAACAAUUGUAAACGGAAUGUGUAAGAUGGGCGACUCUGUCUCGGCCUUGAAUCUGCUUAGGAAGAUGGAGAAAAACCACAUCGAAGCUAAUGUUGUUAUCUAUACUACCAUCAUUGAUCGUCUUUGCAAAGAUGGACAUUAUGUCGAUGCUCAAAAUCUAUUGAGUGAAAUGCACGAGAACAAUAUCUUCCCCGAUGUUUUCACCUACAACUGUAUGAUAGAUGCUUUUUGUAACAAUGGUAGAUGGAGUGAUGCCGAGCGAUUUCUGCGUGAUAUGAUUAAAAGGAAAAUCAGUCCUGAUGUUGGGACUUUCAGUGCUUUGAUCAAUGCAUUUUUCAAAGAAGGAAAGUUCACUGAGGCUGAAGAAUUAUUCAAGGAGAUGCUUGCUAGGGGUAUAUUUCCCAAUACGAUCACAUAUACCUCAAUGAUCCAUGGAUUUUGCAAGCAUGAUCGUCUAGAUGAGGCAAAAAAGAUUUUUGAUUUGAUGGCUAGCAAGGGAUGCUCUCCGAAUAUAGUCACUUUCAAUACUCUCAUUGACGGAUGCUAUAGGGCUAAUAGGGUAGAUGAUGGGAUUGAACUUUUCUACGAGAUGCGUCAAAGAGGAUUAGUAGCUGAUACAGUUACUUACAACACUCUCAUUCAUGGGUUAUGCCAAGUGGGCGACUUUAAUUCCGCCGAAGACUUUUUCCACAGUAUGCUUUCUCAUGGUGUAUGCCGUAAUAUCUUAACUUAUAACAUUUUGCUGGAUGGUUUCUGCGAUAAUGGGAAACUGGAAAAGGCAUUGGAAAUGUUUGAGGGUAUGCAGAAGAGUAAUAUUGAAGUUGAUUCUGUUACUUAUAAUAUCAUCAUCCAUGGAAUGUGCAAGGGUAGUAAGGUGGACGAGGCAUGGGACUUAUUUUGUAGUCUCCCCUAUCUCCCCCUCGAUGGUGUGGAGCCUGAUGUUCAAACUUACAGUAUAAUGAUACAUGGAUUUUGGGGAAAAAGUGCAAUUUCUGAAGCAAAUGCGCUGUUCAAGAAAAUGAAGGACAAUGGAUAUGUACCAAAUGGCUGUACAUACAAUACACUAAUCAGAGGACAUCUGGGAGCUAGCGAAGUUGAGGCAUCAGCUGAACUUAUCAAGGAAAUGCGAAGCAAGAUGCAUUCACCAAGAAAAUGGUAG